AUGGCAGGCGACGACAACCAGAACCCCUGCCAUCUGCUGCGACUGACACCCGAGCUGCACCUCCGCAUCCUCGACUGCGUACUGCCGGGCGGAUAUACGGUAUCUGUCUCCUUCCUCAAAGACGGCAGUCUCUACAGAGUAAGUCAAAUCAUCAGCUCGCCACCUACCAACCAUGAUAACGCCAGAUCAUUAGCCGCGACCUGCCGAGAACUCUACAGCCGCCUGCACCCCGAGAUCUAUCGACGCACCACCCUCACCGUCAGAGUCUUCUCUCGCGAUAUACUGUCGAACUUCUACAGGCGGCAAGAGGUUCAGUUCCACAUCCUGAGCUUGCCGUUCGGUCGUAUGCGUCUGGAGAUAGCCGGUCGUGCGACGGACCCGGAGGAUGAUCUCCUGGAUCUUCUGUAUGAUUUGGCGGGGAGGCUGUGGGAGUAUGAUGGGCUUCCUGCUGUUGAGCGGGUUUCUUUUGAAUCUACGAGGUAUGUUGAAGCAUGUGAUCAUCCGCUCGUUCUGGCGUUGGAUGAAUGCGUUAUUAUGGAGGACGCGGUGAUGGAUGGCUUGAGGAUUGGCUCGGACAAGGGCAAGGAGCGGCUGUGGAGGGAUGUGAUGGGGUCGGAGUCGUGGGCGGAUUCGGCAGCUGUCUAG